AUGGCAAGGCGUAUGGUAGUGCUGAUGCUGGUUAGCCAACUCCUGGUCGUUCGAGGAAACGUCGAAGUUAUGAAGGACGUGACACUUGGCUUCGGCGAGGCACUGCAGCAUUGCAGGGAAGAAAGCCAGCUGACGGAGGAUAAGAUGGAGGAGUUCUUCCACUUCUGGCGCGACGACUUCCGCUUCGAGGACCGCGAGCUGGGCUGCGCCAUCAAGUGCAUGAGCACGCACUUCAACCUGCUUACCGACUCGCACCGCAUGCACCACGAGAACACCGACAAGUUCAUCAAGUCCUUCCCGAACGGCGAGGCGCUGUCGCAGCUGAUGGUCGAGGUGAUCCACAGUUGCGAACAGCGCCACGACGCGGAGGCCGACCACUGCUGGCGCAUCCUGCGCGUCGCCGAGUGCUUCAAGACCUCGUGCCAGGCGCGCGGCAUCGCUCCCACCAUGGAACUGCUCAUGGCCGAGUUCAUCAUGGAGACCGAGGCGAGGUGA